UUGUUGUUACAACUUUAGGUGUUCCUCCUUCUCUUGUAUUCUUAUCAUGAAAGCCCUAGCCUUAAUAAUGCUCACAUUUUCCAUCAUCACUGCCUUCUCACAUGCAAUAUCAACAUUGGCCACUCGCCCUCAACCUCAAAUCAAUCUUUCUUCCAUGCUUAACCAUACCCAACAACAAAUUAAUGAGACUAGAUUGAUCGAUGGUAAGAAUGGAUUCAGUGGUAGAUGCGAUUAUCUAAUCACCAUAAAAACAAGCUGCGAUUCUCCAACAUAUACAAAAGAUGAAAUCAGUCUUUUAUUAGGAGACGGUGAUGGCAAUGAGCUUUCUUUCGGGAGACUGGAUAAUCCUAAAGCUGGGGCUUUCAGGAAGUGUAACACAAUGACAUUUGUGGCACAAGCAGCUUGUAUAGGAAAAAUUUGCAAAUUGUAUCUAUAUAGGAAUGGAAUAGAUGGUUGGAUUCCAGAGUCUGUCACUGCAUAUGACUAUAGUUACCCACCUGUUAUAUUUAACUACAACUUUCUUCUUUCUCAGGGUUCUGCCAUUGGCUACAACUUUUGUGGUUAAGUUUAGUAGUUUUUUUUUUUGUUUUUUUUAUCAACUUUAGUGUUACAUUCCUUUAAUAAUAGAAUUUAAUUGUUGUGUACCGUUUAUGUAAUUUUAUUUUACACAUACAUCCAAUGACGCGUUGCUACAUCA